UCAACCCGGCCACUAAGCCGGCCUGUAGUAAAGGCGGAGGCUGCGGCAGCGAAGACAUGAGCGGGGCGGGGAUGGCGGCUGGGGCCCGGCCCCUCAGCUCGGCGACCCCGGGCUCCCGGGGCACGUCGCGCCCGCGCCAGCGUCCACUCGCGGGCCUCCAGUACCAGGUGCCUCAUCCCACGCAGCUCGGACUCAGCGAGGCACAGAAGCGUGUCCUGGACCUGGAGAAGAGCUUGCAGUUCCUGCAGCAGCAGCAUUCGGAGACGCUGGUCAAGCUCCACGAGGAGAUCGAGCACUUGAAGCGGGAGAACAAAGAUCUCCACUACAAGUUAAUAAUGAAUCAGAAGCCACAGAAGAAAGGCAGCAUGUCCACAUCAAGCUUUCAGUCCAACAAGUCCAUCUCCAAUUCAACAGUGUCAGCCAACUCUCAAAGCAAGGCAAGGCCCCAGCCCAGCUCCAAGAGGCAAGAGUCGAAAGCUGAUGUCCCCCAGAAGACGGACCUGGAAGAGGAGCCGUUCAGUGCUGCCCUGUUUCACAGCAGCAAGCUGGACAGAGUCCCUGGGGUGCAGGGACAUGCCAAAGACGAGGAUGCAGAGAACCCUAAUUCAGGGGCCACCUUGGUGGGGUUCACCCAGCACAAGGGCAGGCAGGUGACAGGAGCAGCUCCCUUGAUGAGCCUGCCUCCACACCUGCGCAAGCCCACCACAGUGCAGCAGUGCGAGGUGGUCAUCCGGCAGCUGUGGAACGCCAACCUCCUACAGGCACAAGAGUUGCAGCAUCUCAAGUCCCUUCUGGAAGGGAACCAAAGGCCAAAAGCUGCCCCUGAGGAGGCUGGGCCUGGCUCUACCAAGGACCAGGAGGCCACACAGUUCCCCAAGGUCUCCACCAAGGGCCUUUCAAAGAAAUGCCUGAUUCUGAGCCCAAUGCCUGCGGCAGAGCGUGCUAUCCUGCCCGCACUAAAGCAGAGCCUUAAGAGCAAUUUUGCAGAGCGGCAGAAAAGGCUGCAGGUGGUGCAGAGCCGGCGCCUGCACCGCUCAGUUCUCUGAGCCCAGUGCCCACAGCUGGAGGCCAACCCUCUGCAGCAGUUCACAUGCUUUCUACUACUUUUAAGCCAUGCUGAAUUCCAAGACAGGGGAAACCCAUGACAGAUAAAGUACUUGAUCUCAGAAUUGAGAAAUUGUUUAUUUUCUAGCUAUUGUUUUCUUAUUCUGCAUUUACACAAAACCACAUUAUGAAAAAAGUAUUAUCCUACAUGUUGAAGAAAAUAAAGCUUG